AUGGAACUGAAAGUGAAGAGCAAACCUGCGAACGGCCUCCUUGGAUGCAUUGUUGCCGUCUGCUUUUGUGCACUUUGCCCGGCUCAAAGACUUUGCACGGUGCCCCCUGGUCCCGUGACGGUCCCGGAAAACAACACGGCCGACGUCCAGGUGGUACAAAUCAGCACCAGCAGCGAUGUGACACUGACCGUCACGGUGAACCCCGAAGAUCUCUUCUACCUAAAGGGGGACGCCCUGAUGGUAAAGAAAGGACUGGACUAUGAGUCGUUGGCCAGUGCAGCUCUGGUGGUGUGGGUGCAGUGCAGCAGAGCUGGCUCCAGAUCUGUGAAAGAGUCGGUUGAAGUUCUGGUUGAAAACGUGAACGACAACCCCCCGAACUUUGCACAAAGCCACUAUGUCCUGGAAGUGAAUGAGCUGACUCCGAUCAACUCCAGCGUUGGGCUGAUAGAAGCUACGGACGUUGAUUCGGAGCCUCUUUACUAUCGCUUAGAGUCUGCGACAGAUAAAUACUUCCGCCUGGAGAACAUCAACACUCCAAAGAUACUCGUAAAAAGCCUCCUCGACUACGAUGUCGUACAGAAGAUCUCUCUGAUUCUACAUGUGCAGGACACGUUCAACGGUUCGGCCUCCAACGAGCCGUUCUUCACCUCGGUGGCCGCCGUCACGGUUCACGUGAGGGACGUGGAUAACCGGCCCCCGUGGUUUCAGCCGUGCUUGAGGACAAACCUGGGGGCCGCCAAGCUGUGCGUGAGCCCCGGCUACAGAGGCAGAGUCAACCUCACCGAGAAAGAGGAGGGGCCGCUAGUGCUGGAGCCGGGCCCGGUGUUCGCGAGGGACGGAGACAAGAACCGGAGCGAGCAGAUCAGCUACAGAAUAGUGCGAGGAAACGAGGGAAAUAUUUUCCAGAUUGAUGAAGAAACGGGAAACGUCACCAUGGCCAAAGCCGCCGAUAUCGUCGGGCCCAUAACGCUCACGGUUCUGGCGUCUCAGGUGACCAACAGGGAUCAGUUUGCCGUGACACAAGUGACCAUCGAGGUGAUGAAGAAGAGCAGGAACCCUCCUCGCUUUGAGAAGGAGCGAUACGAAGGAUUUAUCUACAGCAACUCUGUCCCGGAGAGCAUGAUCCUCCGAGACCGGAGCACCUACCGGCCCUUCAGGGUCCGAGCCCGGGAUGAGGACUUCGCCAGUGGUGUGAAUCCAGAUGUGAAAUACGAGGUUCAGUACAGCAGCUACGUCAACGUGACCUCAGACGGGUUCAUGAUCCUGAAGAGAGUCGUGAAGACGGAGUCCUUCGCGCUUCAGCUCAGAGCGGUGGACACGACGACAGGGGAGUUCGGCACGGCGGCCCUCUCCGUUCAGGUCAUACCUGCCGUGGCCAUCCCGUCUCCCUCAAACAUCGGCUACCGUCCGGGCGACAUGGCUCUCCUGGGUCUGGUCAUGGCGGCCCUGCUGGUCCUCUGCCUCAUCGUGAUCGGCUUCUUGAUUUCCCGCUUGUGGAAGGGAAACGCCAGUAUGGACAAAAUAUGCGAGUGCCUGGGCCCCUGUCUGAAGUCCAACCAGCCCCGGACUGGCCACAGGGACUCCCUGCAGUACACCAACGACGGUUUCCAGAACGAGGGCGACCAAGGCCGUGGGGGCGGCAGGCGCUGGAACAACGCUCUCCCCAGACGGAGCACCUUCCCCCAGGCGCGGGGCCGGGUCAUUCCCUUGGAGAGACGGAGCCGCCACUGCUCCUCCUGUGGCGUCUACGCCAACCACGUCCCCAAAGGGAGUCCCUCGGUGAGACCGUCCAGGAGGGGCAGAGGAGACGGGGACGAGUACGGCAUGAGGUCGAUCCUGACCAAGCCGAGGAGGAGGGAGGGCCAGAAGACGGUGUGGUUCAAAGAGAGCGAGGACUCCUCGGACAUCGAGGUGGAGAUUAUCCCAGACACUGUGGGCCGGGUGGAGGAGGAGACCGAGGAGGAGCUGGUGGGGGAGGUGGAGAUGGAGGGGGUUGUCAGAGACCCGGCUGCCCCGCUGAGAGAGUACGACGGCGGGCAGGAGAGCCGGAGCACAGGGCCCAGCGCCGAGCAGGACUUUGGAGAUACCGGCUCAGAAAAAGAGAAGGGAGGCCAGGAGCAGGAGGGCUGA